AUGCGUACUCCCUCCUCGGCCUCCCGGGGGCGAGACAUCUUGGUUCAGUCGGAGCCCUACCCGACCGCUGCUCCUCCCCCUCCCCCUCCUCCUUCUUCCACUUCAACUUCGCUCGUUGCUGCCUUCGACCGCCCACGGACGGCUGAGCCCAACAACCAUGACCACCAUGAUAUUAUUGACUCCCACUGCCACGACAACAACAACAAUUACAACUACAACUAUGAUCACACAUCUACCCUGCCUCGACUCCGACGGCGAGCUUCUCAGGGCUCCAUCCGCUCCAAACCCUCCUCCAUCGCCCGGUUUCUGGCCAAACGGACCUCGCCAUUACAGGUCUCCCGCGAUUCCUCGUCGCCAUCCUCAUGGUCCCGGAUCGAAUUGCGUACCUCGUCGGUCGAUGCUCGCCUAUCGGGCUGGGAUGCUGUCUCGCAGAACCGGUCGCUCGCCGAGUACGCCGCCUCCUCGUCUUCUUCCUCGUCGUCAACCACCACAACCACCACCACCACCAACCUGCCCCCGACACCCCCGGACGACGACGAAGGGAUCGGUUGGAACCCACGCUCGCCUGUCUCUCUCUUCGAUGCGUAUAUGAACCCACAGUCACACCCCAGCCCUCAUAUGCAUGAGGGACCCAGCAUGGAUGGUCAUUCCGCCGGCUCGGACAGUCUGUGCAGCCCCUCGGAUCGGAUCUCCAACGGGGCCUCCUCCAGCUCUGACGGUAGCCUAGGCCUAGGCAACGAUGAGAUGGAUUGUGAGCAGUCCCUGGAGGCCUGGCUCGAGAAUGGCAUCGAGGCAACCGUAACUUCUCUCCCCGCGGCGUUAUCAUCCGCAGAACCUGUCCGCAUCAUCUCACAGAUGUUGCCAUACCCACGCGCGACGGCCGAUCAGACCCUUAAGCUGCCCACGCAGGACAGUGUCUUCUGCUCCGUCAUCCAUGCCAUCCACAACCGCCUGCAGCCAGGCCAGUCGCCCUACAUCAACGUCACCCACGCCGUGCCCGAGCAGUUCAGCCUGUCCAACCUGCCCUCCUCGCCCACCAGCACCCCACGUGCAUCCACCCUGCCGCGCGACGACUACUUCAGCCCCACCGUCUUCGCCAGCGCCGCGGCCGUGCCCGCCUAUCAUGAUUUCCGCGGACCCAUCCGCUCACCCGCCACCUUCUCCCGCGCCCCGAAUCCGAUCGUGCCGCCGCAGAGCGUGCACGUCUCCAUCCUUGAACGCUACCUGCCCCCUUCCUCCGUGCAGGAGUACCGCGACCUCUUCGCCCCGGAUCGCCCCUCCUUCCUGGUCGACCGUCUCUUCGAGCUGUCCCCGCACGGCGGCUCCCUGCUUUUCCUUUAUCCCACCAAGAAGGGCGCCGCCACCUUCAAGACCCAGUAUCUCGGUCCCAUCCUUGACCCACUGCUGCGUCAGCUGGUCGUCGUCAAUGGCCUCUCUGCUGACGUCGGCCGCUACCUGGGCAAGUUCUCCUCCGUCUCGCAGAUGGACGAUUUCGACACCAUGCGUGCCCACCUGGAGCGCCUGUGCCUCGCCAUGAGUGGGCCUACCUCGUGCUACACCGUCGUCGACGCUGGCAAGGGUUCCGCCUACCUCGACCGCGGUCUCUGGACCGAAUGGUUCAUCCACCAGGAAAAGGCUCGCAUGAAGGAGGUUCUCAACGUCCACUGGCACAGCGGCCGCCGUGGGCCGGGCCUCAAGGGCCUGCCCGUCGCCGACAAAGACGUCACCUCUGCCAUGUUGCUCAGUGAGAUCUUCGAGGGCAUUCAGCGUCGGCCCUAUGAAACCGAACCCCGCGACGGCGUCGAGCUCGGCAUCUUCGUCAUCCGUCGGUCGUAA